UCGACGUGACGUCUUGUUGCUCCGCAGGACGCUGACCUGAAAUCAGCUUCAACGUCAAAAAAGCAGCCGAAGGAUCCGCUCUAAAAUCUAACCCUGCUCAGAAUGAGGGCUGCUGAUUGGUUGUUGUUUGUAGCGUUUCUACCGUUGAUGUCCACCUCUGAGGUUCUGGACAUCUGCAACACCAAACCCAAAGACCUGGCUCUGCAGCCGCGCUGCAUCUACCGCAAACCUGAACCGGAGGACCAGAACCUGAAGCCCGAAGCCCUCCCAGAGCCCGCCAACCCCCGAGUGUGGGAACUGUCGAACGCCAACAGCCGCUUCGCCUUGUCUCUGUACAAACACCUGAGCCGAAGCAGGAGCCCUGAGGACAACAUCUUCAUGUCCCCCAUCAGCAUCUCCACGGCCUUCGCCAUGACCAAACUGGGCGCCUGCAACCAGACGCUGGAGCAGAUCAUGAAGGUGUUUCAGUUUGACACCAUCUCGGAGAAGACGUCUGACCAGGUCCACUUCUUCUUCGCCAAACUGAACUGUCGUUUGUACAGAAAGAAGGACGAGACCACAGAGCUGGUCUCUGCAAACCGGCUGUUCGGGGAAAAGUCCCUGGUCUUUAACGAGACGUACCAGAACAUCAGCGAGACAGUGUACGGAGCAAAACUGCUGCCUCUGGACUUCAAGAGGAACUCAGAGGCGGCUCGGGUCACCAUCAAUGACUGGAUUUCCAACAAGACCAAUAACCGAAUCCAGGACACGCUGCCAUCGGGGGCACUGGACUCCAACACAGUCCUGGUUCUUGUCAACACCAUCUUCUUCAAGGGUCAGUGGAAAAACAAGUUUCCCAAAGAGCACGUGCUUCUUUCAGACUUCAACAUCAAUGACGAUCGCCGCUGCGAGGUCCACAUGAUGUACCAGGAGACCAAGUUUCAGUACAAAUAUUUCCCUGACGACAAGGUGCAACUGCUGGAGAUGCCGUACCGAGGUGAUGACAUCACCAUGGUGAUCAUCCUGCCAAGCAUGGGGAAUUCACUCAGUCAAGUGGAGGAAAAUCUGGACCUGAAGAAACUGAACGGCUGGUUGAGCCAGAUGAAAGAAACCACCGUCUCUGUCUCCGUCCCUCGCUUCAGGAUGGAGGACAACCUCAACCUUAAGGAGAAGCUGCAGGAGAUGGGACUGAUGGACCUGUUCGACGCCAGUAAGGCCAGCCUUCCAGGGAUCCUGGAAGAUGGCAGUGAUUCUCUCUAUAUCUCUAGUGCUUUUCACAAAGCAUUCUUGGAGGUGAAUGAAGAGGGAAGUGAAGCAGCAGCAGCCACAGUUGUGGUGGCCGUCGGACGUUCCAUAAACCUGAACCGCGAGGUUUUUCUGGCCGACCGUCCAUUUUUGGUGCUCAUCAGAGAACCGACCCUGAACACACUGCUGUUUGUGGGCCGAGUGUCUGACCCCUGCUCCUAAAUUAUCUAAUUACACAAAACUGCAUCAUUUAUAAGAUUAAACUUCUUACAGAUUGUUUUUACUAUUAGUUCUUAAUAAUGUCUUCAGAAAUGAAUUGAUCUCAUAGAAGCUAAACGCUUUUGGGUCCAUAUGACCCUCAAGGUCUUAAAACUGGUGUGUCAUGUCCCAAUAAUUUUGAUCCAAGGGCAGCAGGAGGGUCAAACCAAUAUUUGCUGAUUGAAUAUAUUACUUGUUUUAACUAAAUCAAACUGUCGAUAUAAAAAUGCUUAGUUUUUUUUUUUGCUCAUUUUGUCUUCACUGUUUAUAAACUGCUACAAAAACAAAACACUGUUGAGGUUUUCCAAAACUGCAGCAGUUAAAUGAAAGUUAUGAUGGAAACAGAAAACCGGCCAAACAGAUUGUUGUCAUUUUUCAGUCGAAGCCUCCAAUGAUGCAUUUUUUAAUCUAAAAGGAGCUUAACUUAGUUAAAUGUCUCAUGCAACAUAAAGCUCUAUAACCAUUGCUUGUGUACGAUUAAUCACGAAAUGUUUCAAAAUAAAUGAUAUCGAACUUUUG